GUGAGCUCAAAGUUCAAACUCAAAUCUCACUCCCGGGGCUUCAACCCAACCAUAUUCCCGCCAAAGAAGAACGAGAGAGAAAAAUCGCGAACCUGCGCAGCUCGAGCUCGUCUUCUCUUUCGCCUCCUUCACCGAUCGCGCAACAAAAAUGUCGAAGAAACGUGGGCUUUCGUUGGAAGAAAAACGAGAGAAGAUGCUCCAGAUAUUCUACGAGUCGCAGGACUUCUUCCUUCUAAAAGAGCUUGAGAAAUUGGGACCCAGAAAAGGUGUUAUCACCCAGUCUGUCAAAGAUGUUGUUCAAAGCUUGGUUGAUGAUGACCUAGUAUCAAAGGACAAGAUUGGAACCUCGGUAUAUUUCUGGAGUCUUCCUAGCUGCGCCGGAAACCAGCUGCGAAAUGUGUACCGGAAACUUGAAUCUGAUGUCCAAAGCAGUAAGAGGCGGCUCGCAGAGCUAGAUGAUCAGUGCAGUGCAUUAAAGAAGGGAAGGGAGGAAUCUGAUGAACGAGAGGAGGCUUUGAGCAACCUGAAAAAAGUGGAAAAGAAACACAAUGAGUUGAAGGAUGAGAUGGCGGAAUAUGCAGACAAUGAUCCAGCUGCCUUUGAAGCAAUGAAGAAUGCUAUAUUAGUUGCCCAUGCAGCAGCCAAUAGAUGGACAGACAAUAUUUUCACACUCAGACAGUGGUGCUCAAACAAUUUUCCAGAAGCCAAAGAACAGCUAGAACAUAUGUACCAGGAGGUGGGAAUUACUGAUGAUUUGGACUACUUGGAGAUGUCAACACUGGGAAAUUAGAUACUGCAGAGUCAAAUGGCAUAUACACUAAGGCGUCGUAUCUAAUUUCUCUCGGAUUCCGGUGGAAAUCCGUUGAAAGUGACACAGCGCAUUGGGCAAGUAUGUUGUUGCCUUGUCCUGAUGCCUGAUCCUGGCUUCCUAGACUUGUAAUAAAGGUUAGCUGACCCUCUCUGAAUGUGCAGGCUGAAUCGGUUUUUAUGCUUUAUGAGAUCAGGGGUGAUGUGUGAUUUGAUUAUACAACUCAAUGGAAACAUACUUUGACAGUAGUCUC